UUCCACGCGAUCAGGGUUCCUCAGGCUUGACAUUCAAAAGUGGGUGCGGAACCCGCGGCGCUCGGAGCGUGCUUUAAAGCGGCCGCCAGCCAGCGCCGCUCUAACCCCGCGCCCCGGCUGCCGGCAGCUCCCGCCCUGCAUCUGCGCCGACGCGACCGAGCGGUCCCGGGGCCUCCCCGCGCCGGGAAUCUCCCGCCAGCCGCGCGGGUCCCCACGGCAGCAGCACGUGGAGCGGCCGCGGAGCCUGAGCGACAGCUGCAGCCCGCGCGACCCGCGGCGACAUGGAAGAUAUACAACCGACUGUGGAGCUGAAAAGCACCGAGGAGCAACCUCUGCCCACAGAGAGCCCAGACGCUCUGAAUGACUACAGCUUGCCCAAACCUCAUGAGAUAGAAAAUGUGGACAGUGGAGAAGCCCCAGCCAAUGAAGACAAAGAUGCAGGAGAAGAUUCGAUGAAAGUGAAAGAUGAAUACAGCGACAGAGAUGAGAACAUUAUGAAGCCGGAGCCCAUGGGAGAUGCAGAAGAGAAUGAAAUGCCUUACAGCUAUGCAAGAGAAUACAGCGACUAUGAAAGCAUUAAGCUGGAGAGACAUGUGCCCUACGACAGCAGCAGACCAACCAGCGGGAAGAUGAACUGCGAUGUGUGCGGAUUAUCCUGCAUUAGCUUCAACGUCUUGAUGGUUCAUAAGCGAAGCCAUACCGGUGAACGCCCGUUCCAGUGUAAUCAGUGCGGGGCAUCUUUUACUCAGAAAGGUAACCUCCUGCGCCACAUUAAACUGCACACGGGGGAAAAACCUUUUAAGUGUCACCUCUGCAACUACGCAUGCCAAAGGAGAGAUGCGCUCACGGGACACCUUAGGACACAUUCCGUGGAGAAGCCUUACAAGUGUGAGUUCUGCGGAAGAAGCUACAAGCAGAGAAGCUCCCUGGAGGAGCACAAGGAACGCUGCCGAGCUUUUCUUCAGAACCCUGACCUGGGGGACGCUGCAAGUGUGGAGGCAAGACACAUCAAAGCCGAGAUGGGAAGUGAGAGAGCUCUCGUCCUGGACAGAUUAGCAAGCAAUGUGGCUAAGCGAAAAAGCUCGAUGCCUCAGAAAUUCAUCGGUGAGAAGCGUCACUGCUUCGAUGCCAACUACAAUCCCGGCUACAUGUACGAGAAGGAGAACGAGAUGAUGCAGACCCGGAUGAUGGACCAAGCCAUCAAUAACGCCAUCAGCUAUCUCGGGGCUGAAGCCCUUCGCCCCUUAGUCCAGACUCCGCCUGCUCCCACCUCUGAGAUGGUCCCAGUCAUCAGCAGUGUGUACCCCAUAGCACUUACUCGGGCCGAUAUGCCCAAUGGGGCCCCGCAGGAGAUGGAAAAGAAAAGGAUCCUCCUGCCAGAGAAGAUCUUGCCUUCUGAGCGAGGUCUGUCCCCCAAUAACAGUGCCCAGGACUCCACAGACACCGACAGCAACCACGAGGAUCGCCAACAUCUCUACCAGCAAAGCCACGUGGUCCUCCCCCAGGCCCGCAACGGGAUGCCUCUUCUGAAGGAGGUCCCUCGCUCUUUUGAACUCCUCAAGCCCCCUCCCAUGUGCCUGAGGGACUCCAUCAAAGUGAUCAACAAAGAAGGGGAGGUGAUGGAUGUGUUUCGAUGUGACCACUGCCACGUCCUCUUCCUAGAUUAUGUGAUGUUCACCAUCCACAUGGGGUGCCAUGGUUUCCGUGAUCCUUUCGAGUGUAACAUGUGUGGCUAUCGAAGCCACGAUCGCUACGAGUUCUCCUCUCACAUCGCCAGAGGAGAGCACAGAGCCAUGUUGAAGUGAGCAUCUGUCCUCAACGCGAGGGUCAACGUUGUUUUUCAAAGCUGAUGGUAGCCUUAUCCAGUAGACUGAACUCAAACCCACAGUCCCGCCCAGUUAUGUUAGCUCUCAAUCAUGUCCACAUGAGCAGUCAGGGAAAUAACUGUCUUCAUUCAGAAACUGUUUGCAGAGCUAUCAUGUUACUUUGUGAAACCUCCCUUCCCCAUCAGUUGAGUUUGAUGGGAUUUAAAAGCCAAAGAAGUAUCUGGUUCAUUCUCUUUUGUAGCAAUAGACAGCCAUCCACUGGAGCUCCCGGCCAAUUGGAACAGUCCUCCGUGGGCUGCAGGAGUCAUUCACUGGAAUACAGCAGCCAUAUGUGGAAAAGCCCUUUGAUCCUAUGCCCAGAUCCACACAGCGGAAGAGCCGCCCAGCUGCCCUUGCUCUUGGGCACCAACACAAGGCAGAAGCCUUAGCGUGUAGUCCCCUUCCCUUCACAUUCUAACAGCAAGGAAGAGGUGGCCGUACAGUAAGGACCUGCUGGCAGUAAUGGAAGACCCUAUUCUUGGAGCAUCAAUCCACUUCCUAUCAAACAACACUGAAGCCACCUGAGAGAGGACACUUCUCCUUUACCUACGGUCACAAGGGUGAACCUCAGAUGAUUUGGCCUGAGCCAGACCCUGAUCCUCCUGCUUCAGUCUGGAGGAAAAUUCUACACCAGAAGAAUUGAUGCGUUUAAAUAUUGGGUAUCAUUGAAACCGCAGAGUCAUGUACCGAGGGGUGGUAUUUGUCUCCUUUGAUUGGGAUUGAUAGAGCAAGUGGUGGGGACAUAGUUUAGGGGUACAGUGCCUGCCAGGUAUAACCGCCAUACCAGGGGACAAAGGGGGAAGAAAGAAAAUGGAGGGAAGAGAGGCUGACUGAGUAGAGCGUGUAGGGUUGGCUGGUUGGCAACCCUUGUCACCUUGGUGGAGUACUGGCUGAAAACCCAAAGAACAUUUGAAAAGUGAUUUUAGGCAAAGGAGCCAAGAUGUGCUGCUUAGUUCCCCCCCNCCCCCCCCCACCCCCCAGGCAUGAGAUCAGGGACAGAACCACAGAUGUUCUCUCAGGACGGUGUGACAUCACACUCUCCUGGGUUAGAAAUGCAUGGCUUUUAUUUUAUUACUCUAUUUUUAAAACAGGGUCUCCUGGUGCCCCAGCAAGCCUCAAGCUCAUUGCUGGCUGAAGCUGGCCAGCACUCUGAGCCUCUUGCCUCAGCCUAGAGAGUGCUGGGUUGAGAGGGUCAUCAGCACCGUGGUGUUGGGCUUCUGCUGUCCUAAAAAAGGAGCUGUCACAUCUCACUGAGAGUCUGGGAAGGCUGAUCUUGUUCUGUAGAUAGACCAGGUAGUCGCCUUUGUCACACAGGCACCAAGACAUCAAGAUUCUUGGGAAAAUGCUCCAUAAAUGAGCACUGGAAUUGAAGCCACCAACCAUGUUUGCCAAGCUCAUAUUUGCAACCAAUUGGUUAACUCUAAAAGCUGAAUGUCCUCAACCAUAAAAUAAGAGUAGCAUCCAGACCCUCUCGAUGGUCACUUCUGGCUCUGAUACAUGAUUGUUCAACAGCCACAGGUUUUUUGUUUUUGUUUUUUUAAACUUCUUGAUGUGUGGGCAUUAAGCAGACAAGUCUGCGUGUGAGAAUGUGUUUCAUAUGUCUUUGAUGUGAAAAUAUAGUUGUGUUAAGUUUUUCCUUCAGCUACUGAGUCAUGACCGUGAAGGAGGCGGUGAGGGGGGACCAAGGACAGGAAGGGUUUUGAUCAUGCAGUCGUGUACACACGAGCUGGCAUCUACAGUUUCUUGUCAGAGCCCUUUCCUUCCUUUCCUUUUAAAAGAACUUGUCUUAGGGAAAAAAUAAGUUCUGCUUACAGGGAUCACUUCAUGAAGCCUAUUUACAAAUUAAGAGCUUAGCUUUUAUGAACAUUUCUGCCAGAGCCAGGAAUCCCAAAUUCCUGGUACGUUAGCAUUUUCCUUCUAAGGGGGCUUAUGGAUUCGGCUCUUACUCAAUUCAUGCAUACGAUGCCGGUAAUUAAAACAUCCCUCCUCAAACACACAAACAGCUUAGCCUGCCUUGUAGUGUGGUGUCUGUCUCAGGGAAAGGGGGUGGGUUAUGAGAUUCCGUGGCAACAAUUCCGUGGCAACAAUCCCGUGUCAGCUUAAGGGCUGGGUGUCUUCAGCACAUCUCUACAUCUCAGCAGAAUCGGAUGUGAGCUGCACCACAUUGUUCAUGCCCACUGUGAAAGAGGACCUGCCUAGCCUAGGCUCGAGAUAUCUCACAUCCUGUUGUCUUGGCGGGGAGAGGGUGAGAUACAAAGAGAGGGCGUUGGGAAGCAGGGACUAGAAAGAAGAGAUGCAGAAAUGGGGGCUGUUUCCACCAGAGCGCUGUUGAAAUCAGCUGCAGGGGAGCAGACACACAUGGGCAUG